AUUUAUGCGGACGUAAUGUAUGUUUGCGUACAAUAAGUGUUGACUGCAUUGAAGAGUUGACUUCCCUUUCCUGAAAGUGUGUCUCCAAUACAAGUCAUUCAACGACAUAAACAAUGGCGAAGAGAACGAAGAAAGUGGGAGUCGUCGGCAAAUACGGCACCAGAUAUGGAGCGUCUUUGCGAAAGAUGGUGAAGAAGAUGGAGAUCACCCAACACUCGAAGUAUUCGUGCACUUUCUGUGGCAAAGAGUCGAUGAAGAGGACGUGUGUCGGCAUCUGGAGGUGCGGCGCCUGCAAGAAGACUGUGGCCGGAGGUGCCUAUGUCUUCAGCACCACCGCCGCCGCCACUGUCCGCUCGGCGGUCCGUCGUCUUCGCGACACCAAAGAGUUGUAGUUUGUUUGCGGUCUUCUCUCGUCGAUCACUACAUCUGAUCCGAACAUUCAUUUGUAUUUUGUCUAUAUUUAAAAUGAGUGAAUAAAUUGGUGUUUGAAUACAAUUAAUGAA